CUCGACGAGCGCUUAGCAUUUGCCGAGUCGAGUAACAGUACUUGCCGAGCUCUCGAACAAUUCAAAAACUGUCCAAAGUGUAUGCUGUAAUUCGACCGUUUUGCAGAUGUAGUAGCUUGGUGACGGCUUCGCUUCUAUGUGGCGUCCACUUCUCGGCUUUGCUAACAUAGGGUAUGAGGACAGGGGGUGACUCUUGAAGCCAAGAUUGGUCCUGUGGUCCACGUGUGUAUGUAGCAGUAAACGAUGGUGGGGACCGAGGCCCGCGUGCACUCCCCCAGGCUCACAUAGAGUUCCUGCAUGCUGAAACACGAACCCUGCAUAGUCCCGUGGAUGUUCCAUAUAUCGUGUUUAACUUGCUCAAUGCCUAACGGAUAUUCAUUUUUACGGACAUGCAUCUAGAUAUCAGUCAAGCAUAGGACACAAUCAACAUGAUCGCUCUUGAAACGGUUUCCCUUGCACGAGAAGUGACGACCAUCCGACGUGCAAUGACAACCGGAGAAGAGGUCCUCAGAAACAGGGAAAGUGUACGAAGCCGUGGUGGAUCACAGGAAACGCGUGUGCCCGCAGGAGGAGACAACAUUCCCGCAAAAGACGUGGCGACUACUAUGAUACAAGAAGAAGUCAGCGACAAAGGAAAGCCACUGACUAAACCAGACGGUAUCGAGAUUAACUGCACAGAGGUGCAGUUUCUCCUCGGACUGCUGGAGGCCUUCAUACAAACAACUAGGGGAGGCAAGUGUCAUGGCGCAUCUUGAAACCGAACGGAAUAACGAGGGAAACAGAAGCGUGGGCAGCAGGCCAACUGGAGUGUCUAGAUGAGAUGAAAGGUCGUAGUUGGGAAGGUAUUAUUGUGGGUGGAUGCCGUGCAGCUACCCCCAACUCCGUUGAGACAGUCUACGCGUUCCACUCAUUAGCUAGAGCACAGACGAAAUGAACGCGAGGUCUUCUGAUACGAAGCCAAGGCCCAGGAAUUGGUGAAGGACG